AUGGAGGCGAAGGACACGCAGAUUUCGACUGCGCCGGCAGACACAGAAUCACCAGUUGAUAAAGACGGUAGAGCUUCGGACGAAGCAGAUGCGGUGGCUUUGGAAAAGGUGCAUAUGAGAACAGCUUCAAAAGGCGCGGACAAGAUGGCUGCGUAUGCGAAUGCGACUGCCACGCCCAUAGACGACGAGACGAAUAAACAACUGUUGCGGAAGAUUGACUUGAACAUUCUACCAUGGCUAUGCGUGUUGUAUAUAUUGCAGUAUCCGGACAAGGGCGUCCUCUCAUAUGCGGGUGUAAUGGGCAUCCAAGCCGACGCAGGCCUAUCAGCCAGCCAAUUCACCUGGCUUGGAUCCAUCUACUACGCCGGCUACAUUGUCGCAGCGCCCAUCCAUAACCGCUUCUUCCAGGCGUACUCGCCGUCCAAGUGGAUCGCCGGCUGUGUCAUCGCUUGGGGAAUCGUUUUAGCAUGCAUGGCUGCCUGUCAGAACUUCGCCGGUCUGAUGGUAGACAGAACCAUUCUUGGAGCACUAGAAGCAUCGAUUAACACUGGCUUCAGCUUGAUCACUGCGGCGUGGUACCGCAAGUACGAGCAUGGAUCCCGCACCGGCAUCUGGUCGUCCUGCAUUGGUCUGGCGAACGUCAUCGGCGGACUGAUCGCAUUCGGUUGUGUCGAUGGACAGUCGAAGCAUCACUCUGCGCUUUCGAGCUGGAGGAUUCUCUCUUUGGCUACCGGGCUAGUGUCUGUGAUUUUCGGAGUGUGCAUGUGGUUCUACAUGGCGCCUUCGGUCGUGGAGGCGCGCUUCUUCAACGAAGAAGAGAAAACGCAAGCAGUCGAGCGUCUGCGCGAGAACCAUCAGGGCGCAGGCUCAACGCAGUACAAGCGGUACCAAGCGAAGGAAGCCUUCCUAGACGUGCGCACAUGGCUAUACGUCGUCUUCGUCCUCUCCUCCCAGAUGCCCACCGCAGGCCUCAUCCUCCUCCAAUCCAUCCUCAUCAAAUCCCUCGGCUUCACCACCAAGGAAACCCUCCUCCUCAACAUCCCGCAAGGCGCCAUAAACAUCCUAUGCAACCUCGCCUUCGGAUACCUCGCCGACAUGACCAAGCAGCGCUCUCUCGCCGCCCUAGCCGCAGCCCUCUGGUCCCUCUUCUGGGCCUCCCUUUACAUCGGCCUCGGCUACCACGACCCGUACUACAAGAAGUACGGCCAGCUCGUCGCGUACUUCUUCACCUCGGGCUCGGCCACCGCCGCGUGGUUCAUCGUCAUCAGCAUGCUGAGCAGCAAUGUUACGGGCUACACGAAGAAGAACACGACGAAUUCUAUCAUCUUCCUUUUCCUGGGUGUUGCGUACUUGGCGGGGCCGCAGACGUUCCGCGAUGGGCCGUUCUACAGGCAUGCGAAGAUCUCGCUGCUUUGCUUGUGGGGGCUGUCGGUGUUGGUGCUGGGGGCGUUUUAUGCGAUGAAUAGGAUGGAGAAUAAGAGGAGGGAUGGGGAGGAGGCGCAGGAUGGGGAGGGUGGAGAGGGCGGCAAUGAGAAUGCUUUUUUGGAUCUGACGGAUAGGGAGAAUAAGCAGUUUCGGUAUGUGCUGUGA